CGGAUCAAUUCGGAUUGGUCUUUUUUCUUCUCCGCACAAAGACGGAUCACCAUCCGCCCACUUCAAAUUUGAUUUGACGAACGUGCUGGGUCACGAUAACGUCGCCCAGCCAGCCUAUAUAAGCAGCAGAAAGUUUUCCAAACACACAGCAAAACGUAAAGUCAGCUGCUGACCAAGAACAGACCACAAAAGCGCAGCGUAAAAACAGUGCCAAGACGGUUCCAGACAUGGAGAGGUCAGUCAGAUUUGCCGUGGUGUGCGUCGCAGUGUCUCUGCUCAUCUCUUGCCAUCCUGUCGAAGCCUGGUACAAGCAGUCGACUGGGCCCAGUUACUACUCGGUGGGUCGUGCCUCGGGUUUGCUGUCCGGCAUCAGGAGGUCACCAUACGUCCGGAGGUCCGAGUCCGAAGAGACGCUGAUGGAGAGCGACGAGACAGCAGGUAACAACGUGAUUCCAGAGACUAACAGGCAGGUCUCCAUCCUCAAAAGCAUGGCCAUCUGCGUGAAGGACAUCUCUCCAAACCUGAAGAGCUGCGAGCUGCUGCGGGACGGGACAGGCACCUUCCAGUGCAAAGCGGACGUCUUCCUCACCCUGGACUCCCUGGACUGCCUGUCCGCGUGAGUCCAGGUCAGACCCGCGGAGACAGUACCGGUCCUCCGCCGAGACCCGAGAGCGCUUCUCUGGAAAUGAAGAAUUAUAAAGAAACGAACCAGAGUUGGAUGAGGCUGAGGGCGCAGAGGAAAACCCGAUCAUUGUCGACGAUGGACCGCUGCAGACUCUGAAUGUUCUUAUUUAAAAACACAAUCAUUGUUCAGUUUUUUGCUUUGGUUGCGUAGACAGGAGUAUAAAAGUAUAAAAGAAAAAAAACAAGACAAAAAAUAAGUGCGAGAGAUGUUAGUUGAAAACAUUUUCUUUCCAGAUGACUUCCCAUCUUUAUUGUUUAAACUGUUACAUGUACCCGCUUUGCCAAAAUGUAUUAAAUGUCCAGAAAGUUUCUUGUAAAGUACUUUUAUUUAUUUUAUCUAUUAAAAUGAACAAACACUGGUAGCCUGUUGUCUGGCCUAAAUUUGUCUUCAAAUAUUCAACUAGUGGGGGAUGG